AACGUCAAUAGCUUCCCCAACACACACUCUCAAUUCUCUCUUUCUCCAGAGAUACUAUGAGUUUGAAUUCGUCAAAAUCGUCUGGUUCAAAAUCCAAGCGAAGCUUCAAUUCCAACAAUUCCACUAACAACAACAAGAAGAAGACGAAGAUUAGCACCAAUCAGAAAACCCUAGGCGGCGUCUCUUGGGGAGCCAAUUCUCUCUCCUCCUCUCGCUCCUCCUUCCAAAGAUCCCCCUUUCCUGAUUUCGGCAGUUAUAUGGUAGAGAAGAACAGGAAACUGCAGAAUCAGUUUGAUAGUGAAGCUUCGAGUUGUUUGGGGUCCGAGAGGAGUAUUUUUCGUGGGGUUUCGAUUUUCGUAGAUGGUUUCACAGUGCCUUCUAGUCAGGAACUGAGAGCGUACAUGGUGAAUUAUGGUGGUAGAUAUGAGAAUUACUUUUCAAGGCGUCGUGUUACACAUAUCAUCUGCAGUAAUCUUCCUGACAGUAAAAUAAAAAAUCUGAGGUCUUUCAGUGGAGGGCUCCCAGUUGUGAAGCCUAACUGGAUUGUAGAUUCAGUUGCUGCUAACAAACUCUUGAGUUGGGUUCCUUAUCAACUUGAGCAGGUUUCUUGUAACCAACCAAGGUUGUCAGACUUCUUUGCUCCGAAGAUAAUCCCCAACUGUGAUGAUGCUUUGAGAGAUACAUCUGAUCAAGUGAAACCUGAAAGUGAGGAUACAUCUUUGGUAGGAACCAGAUUAGAAGAUGAUAACAAGUCAGUAUGCAGAUCCACUGAACACGAACAGGAAAGUAGCGGAGAAUCUGAUGAUAUGAUAUAUGAAAACACCGAUGGACAAUUUGGUGAGGAGUUGUAUACAGGUGAAAAAUAUUCUGAAGUUAAACAAGAAGAAACGCCUACUUCAGAUGCAGAAGAUAAUGUCAGCAUAAAGGAUGAAUUUAAAUCUAGUACCCACCAGCACUCUGCUUCAGUUAGCAGUAACUGCUUGCCAAGCUCAGAAAAUUUUGGGUCUAAUCGAAGUCAUUCAACUCUUGGGGAUCCCAAUUUUGUGGAAAAUUAUUUUAAGAGCUCAAGGCUGCACUUUAUAGGAACCUGGAGAAAUCGGUAUCGCAAGCGUUUUCCUAGUUCGUCUAAAGGGUUGGACAACACAGAUUCUAACCGUUGUGCUCCUGAUAGUUCUCUGAAGACUCCCAUUAUACAUAUUGACAUGGACUGUUUUUUUGUGUCCGUGGUCAUCAGGCAACACCCUGAACUUAAGGAUAGGCCUGUAGCUGUAUGUCAUUCUGAUAAUCCAAAGGGCACUGCUGAAAUUUCAUCUGCAAACUACCCUGCUCGAGAUUAUGGAGUGAGGGCUGGGAUGUUUGUCAGAGAUGCUAAGGCACUUUGUCCACACCUUGUCAUUCUUCCUUAUGAUUUUGAAGCGUAUGAGGAGGUAGCUGAUCAGUUCUAUGACAUUCUGCAUAAGCACUGCAGAAAAGUACAAGCAGUAAGCUGUGAUGAAGCAUUUUUAGAUGUCACAUACUUGGAAGGGGUAGAUAUGGAUAUGUUAGCCUCAACUGUAAGACAAGAGAUUUUUGAGACUACUGGAUGCACUGCAAGUGCUGGCAUAGCUAGAAAUAUGCUGAUGGCUCGCCUUGCAACAAGAUCUGCUAAACCAGAUGGUCAAUGCAACAUUCCUCCCGAAAGGGUGGAUGAUUAUUUAUAUGAACUUCCCAUCAAGACGCUUCCAGGAAUAGGACACGUUCUAGAGGAGAAGUUGAAGAAGCGAAAUGUUUUGACGUGUGGACAGUUGCGUAUGAUUCCUAAGGACUCUCUUCAAAAGGACUUCGGAAUAAAAACUGGGGAGAUGUUGUGGAAUCAUAGUAGAGGCAUAGAUAAUCGGCUAGUUGGGGUGAUUCAGGAAAGUAAGUCUAUUGGUGCUGAAGUGAAUUGGGGUGUGAGAUUCAAGGAUUUGAAAGAUAGUCAUCACUUCCUUUCAAAUCUUUGCAAGGAGGUUUCUUUACGCUUGCAAGGAUGCACAGUGCAGGGUCGUACUUUUACCCUUAAGAUUAAGAAAAGAAGAAAAGAUGCACAGGAGCCUGUGAAGUAUAUGGGAUGUGGAGACUGUGAAAACUUGAGCCACUCUGUCACGGUUCCAGUUGCUACUGAUGAUGUGGAAGUGCUUCAGAGAAUAACAAAGCAGCUCUUUGGGUUUUUCUCUCUAGAUGUCAAGGAGAUUCGAGGUAUUGGUUUGCAAGUUUCCAAGCUUGAGAGUGUAGAUGCUUCAAAGCAAGGACUUGGAAAAAACUCUUUGAAAUUGUGGCUCCAAUCUGCCAAAGCAAGUACAGAAGAACAAUCCAAUACUUAUUCUGUAGAUGAUGGGAAGAGGGCGCAUGCAGAUUGUGAGGGUCGGGGAACUCAUCGAACUUCAGGCCAGCUAUGCGGAAAUUCACUUGGUAUUCCAAUUCCAGUGGACAAUCAUCGGUGUAGUGGUGAAACUUCUGUGAACCAGGUUUCAGCACCACCACCUUUAUGUCAUCUUGAUUUAGGAGUUAUUGAAAGUCUUCCUCCAGAACUUUUUACGGAAUUAAACGGGAUCUAUGGUGGCAAGUUGGUUGAUUUUGUUGCUAAAAAUAAACGAGAAUUCAGUGCAACAACAUCUCAUGAACGAGUAGAUGGUGCAAAGAACGGGAGUGAGAGUCAUCUCUUCAAUGAUAUGCACCUGCAGGAUGAAAAUGCAUUAGAACCCAAGCAUACAGUUGUAGAAAAACAAGCAAUGCCUUCUUCUGUGGGAGGGUCCAGUGAUGUGGCAGCUUCAACAUCAGGUCUUGGAAAUACUGAUAUAAUGCCUGCAUCUUUAAGUCAAGUAGAUCCCUUGGUGUUGCAACAAUUACCUCAAGAACUGAGAGUUGACUUACUUGAGCAGCUUCCUGCACACAGGAGAUAUGACUUAGCUUCAAGUGCUGCCUCGGACCCUCUUGCAGAGAUACCUGGAGAAUCAAUAGGUAUGAGGGACGGAUAUCAUUCUGGAUCACAUGAUCUUGCAUUUAACAAGCUUUGGAUUGGAAAUCCUCCACAGUGGGUUGAAGAGUUCAAAGCCAGUAAAUGCAUGAUAUUAAAUAUUCUUGCUGAGAUGUAUGACAAAUCAGGGUCAAGUGGAAACUUAUCUGUAAUUCUGCGCAGUACUAUCAUGGAAUGUCAACAUCCUCUAGAUUCAAGUUCUGACUGUUGGAUUCAAGCUGUAUACAGCUUCUCUGAGCUUCUCAGGCAGUAUGUUACAUUAAAGAUCGACUCAGAUAUUGAAGAGAUCUAUGUUUGUUUUCGGCUUCUUAGAAGGUUUACAACGAAGUCAAAGUUUUUCUUACAAGUAUAUAGUGAUGUCUUUCCUUACCUUCAGGCAUCUUUCACUGAUAGCUAUGGAGGAAACUUGCACAUUUAGAUUUGUGCUUCUUGUCAUCUGACUUCUCCUACUGUACUGAUUUUUAACAUCCAAAGAACAAUUUCUGUGGAAGGUGGAAAGCGAGAUCCUAACAUCGAUCCCCCAGUAGAUGGGAUGCACUUUGGAGCACAACUUGUCUGGUAAAUUGUUCACUUGGAUGGUUCUUAGGUAUCUGACGGAGAUUCUUGUUCCUGCUAUGUGUAUGCUUGGAAACACCUAUUCACAGCAGGUUUGCAAAUGUAAAUGAAUGGAAGAAAAGAAUUGGCCAUAAUUGAAGAGUGUACAUAUCCUGAUUCUUUGUGUGUUCAAAUCAAAUAUGGUAUUGAUCAAGGAUAGGGUCAAUUUUCUUCAGAAAAGGGAGGUGACAGGUGGUUCAGGAUUGUCCCUUACAAAGUGUACAAAGGACUGUUAACUCUCCGGCACCAGUGUCCCACCUUAGUUUAGCUCAGCCUACAGAGCGAUGUCCUGGAGCAACUCGAAGAUUAAUGUUAAAUAAGAUGGAACUAGGACAGUGCUUACAGAUUCCAGUUACUGUUUUGGUGCAAAUUCUUGAAAAGUGGAUUACUUUGGUUUAUCUAGUACAAGAACAGAUUUGACAUGUGUUUCUGAACUGAAUUUUUAUCCUGUCGAUGCUGGUUUUGGCAACCUCGUUUAGGACUUCUAAGCGCAUUUCACUUGGUUCACUUGAUCGUAAGACACUAGAUGUCAAGAGUCACUUGCAUAUAGAAUCAAGACCUUCCGAGUCUCCUAGAGCUGAAAGUGUUUUUGUUAGUCCAACUAUGUAGGUUUUGAGAAGUUGUAUUCAGGUUGUACAUCAUUCCGUCUCCCCUAACUCUAUUCAAAUUGUUACAAGAUAAAUAAAGAACUGUGAAACUUCGUUUGAAGUUUGGAUA